AUGCAUCUGCUGAAGUCCGGAGGCUACAAAUAUGUCGUCCAAGCACACGAUAACUUGUUGGGUUGGCCGGAGUUUGAGAUGUUGAGGAAAGAGAACCAUAAGGCGAUAGGAAGGUUUUUGUUGGAGAAGAUCAUGAUGAGGUGGGGGUCAGUGUUGGAGAUGGUGAUGGACAAUGGGACUCCUUUCGUCAAGGCAUUGGUGUGGCUAGAGGGGAAGUACAAUGUCAGCCACAUUCAGAUUUCAGGUUACAACUCGAGGGUGAAUGGCACUGUCGAGGCUGCUCACCAGCCAGUCUGCAGCGCACUCAUCAAAUCCGGUGACAGUGAUAUUCGAAAGUGGCACGAACGCCUGCCAUAUGUCUUCUGGGCAGAGCGCAUUAUGACAAGGAAAUCUACAGGGUUUUCACCUUACUAUGCAGUGCAUGGAGUGGAACCUCUCUUACCGUUCGACAUCACCCAUGCGAUGUUCCUUCUACCACCAAUGAAAUCCUUCAUCACCGAGGUCGAGUUGCUUGCUAUGUGUGGACGACAGCUUGAACGGCGAGACGACGACAUCACAGCCAUGCAGAAAUGUGUUUUGAAGGCUCGCUUUGCUUCAGCUGCCAAGUUCAAAAAGCGACACGAGAACGUCUUGAUCGACUACGACUUUCAGCCUGGGGAGUUCGUGCUGGUGUUGAACAAGAAAAUCGAACCUGAUGUUGGCUGA